UGGUAUCAGUGCUCUGACUACUCAUCCUAUUGUGGUCUGAUUUGCGAAAAAGUGAUCGAUUGUAAGUAACCCUCAAGACAGAUUUUAGAGUGAAUCAGAAAGAAACUGAAAAUCUGGAUAAACAAGAGCUAACUAGGUACUUAACAGUGGAACAACGGCAAACAACUAUAAGGAGUGACAGUAAUAGCAUAAAGUGAGUGUUAUUGUUUUGUGAAAAAGUGUUUUCGAGUGAACCUAAUAAAGUGCAACAACAAGAGUGACGUCAUCGAGGCUGCGAGUGCGGCGUCACAAGGCAGGCGGGCGGCGAGUGCGCAGCGCCCCUAACCGCCACCGCGACCGAAGGCCGGCGGGCAGUAUCGCUCAGCCCGCCAUCGGCUUCGCCACCCCGAUUCCCGAGUGCCAGUUACACCACUGUGAGGCGGCCGUACCACGCCGCUGACUAAAAAUAACCGCGCGCCGCUCAGUACCGGCGCAACUAUCGCGCGCGUCGCCCGCUGCGCCCGCGCUCGCAACCAUGGCGGAGACUAUCGAGGAGACAUACGAGAGCGCGGUCACCCGCAAGGUGGUCCGCACCAGCCUCAAGAUAGAGGAGAAAUCGUCAUCGACGAAAACUACGACGAUGACGACGCCUGCGACUCUGUACGGACGAGACCUGUCCACCUACGACGAGGUGGACGUCGACGAGCUGCUAGCCAAGCUGUCGCAGGAAGAACUCACCAUGCUGGCCAAGGAGGUUGAUCCAGAUGACAACUUCCUGCCACCAUCACAACGUAACAACUAUGACUGCGAGAAGGACCCCACAGGGCCCCUGAACCGCAAGAAGCUGAUAGAACACAUAAACAAACAAGCACUGGAGACACCAGACCGGCCGGAGAUCAAGCCUUAUGUUGCUGGUGUUGUACGAGGAAAGAAGUGGAUCCCGCCCCCAGCGCCCGAGAAGGUACGCGACGCGGAGGAACAGAUCUCCAUCGACCUCGGAGACGAGUACGAGCAGGCCCUCACAGAUGCCUCACAAGAGGAGAUCAUUGACCUGGCUGCUAUCCUCGGCUUCCACUCGAUGAUGAACCAGGAUCAGUACCACGCGUCUCUGCUGAACAAGGGACAACCUGUCGGCCUCGGCUGGGACGGUAUCACCAAAGCCACCAAACCCAAGGUGUACCCCAUGGACCCUCCCAACGACACGGACCCCGACGAGACCAUCAAGCGGGUGCAACAGAAUGACCAGAAGCUCACUGAUCUCAAUUGGAAUAAUAUUAAGAACAUAAGCGAGGAGAAGUUCGAGAAGUUGUUCGAGGGCCUGAAGAGUAACACGUCGCUGGAGGUGUUGUCGCUGGUGAACGUGGGGCUGUCGGACCGCGGCGCGGCGCAGCUGGCGGGCGCGCUGCGCGUCAACUCGGCGCUGCGCGUCGUCAACGUGGAGACCAACUUCAUCUCGCCGCCCGCGCUGCUGCAGCUCGUCCGCGCGCUGCUCGACACGCACGCCGUCGAGGAGUUCCGCGCCUCCAACCAGCGGUCGCAAGUGUUGGGUAACAAGAUAGAGAUGGAGAUAACGUCUCUGGUGGAGCAGAACCCAACGUUACUGAGACUCGGACUCCACCUCGAGUACAGCGACGCCCGACACAGGAUCGCCAGCCAUCUGCAGAGGAACAUCGACAGAAAUUGUCGAGUGCUAAAGAAAGCGAGCGCGUCCCUGAGUGCGCGUCGUCCGCGCGGUCCGCCGCCCGCCGUCGGCAUCGACUCCAGCUUCUUCAACAUGACGCCGCCCAGCGCCGAGGCACUCACUCCCACCACCGAGGAACCCAAGCCCGUCAUCUCCGAGACUGUCGAGACCUCCCUAACUGUCAAGACCAAGGCGCAGCCCGACGACAGACCCACCUCCAUCACUAUUGGCGAUGGAAAAUUGGAACCAGAAACGCCUGUCACGAAUGCACAACCUGUUGAACCGGUUACGACUGAAACUGUAGCACCUACCGAUAAUGUACAACCGGUGCCUAGUGAAGACCGCCUCGCAGGCGAGCCAGUACCCGCGGCCCCUGAAGGCCCGGCGGAAGACAGCUCAGAUAAGCUCAGCGUCCCACCGGCGGAGGAAGUGGAUCGCUUCGUGAAGGCGAGCCCGCCUGACGUUAACCCCAACCCCCACUCCAGUGAGGGGAACGUAGAACAGACCGAUAAUAUAUAGAAAUGGCCGCAUAAAAUUGUACGCCAGCAGCGACGGAGCCAGAACAGCGCUUAGAGCCUUGAACUGUCGCACGCGGCGGUCGCAUCAGACGCCUGACCCAGUUCACCCGCAGCCGCAGCUACGUGGUGGGCUGGAUCCCGUGACGCGCCGCCCGGCUCGUGUCGCACUCCCGCGCAUCGCACGCCCCACCACACGGACUUUGUGAUUGAGUAUUUUGGACACACUACACGCAUUACAAUAUGCCCCUUUGUACAUAAAUCUUCAAUACUGAACAAUUUCAAUCUUCAAAUGACUGCAUCCGUACAAAUCCAUUAAGGUUCGACCACGAGUAGCGGCACGAAUGCCUUCGACGCGUGUGUAUUUUGUAUGUCGGUAGUCCUUUAAGAUUAAAAUUGUUGAGUUUCGAAGAUUUUGAUAGCCUUGUGUACGAAGGGACUUAAAGUCCAUCAUGUCUUUAUGUAGUUAGUUCUGUUUUCAGCAGCUAAAUAUAUUUUGUAAUAGAUUUUCGACUUUAAUACAAAAUUUGUAAAUUGAAUAUCUGUUGUAGAAACUUAACAGAUUGAGGUUAACUAGCGUUUGUACUUUGAAGAUAGAACAUGUCUGUCUUUAUAGACGAUGUCUUUUUUGAGUAUAUUCGCGUUGUUACUUCAUACUGUAAUUAAUUAAUAAAGCAAUUUCCUGAUUAUCUUCUAGCUGCUAAACGUCAUGGAGUAUACUGUAGCUUACGCUUGGAUAGAUCCACAAUUUCGCGAAUACAACUGACUUUUACUUCAUAGUUUUAAAUAAGACGAGGUGCUUAGAUGUUAAACGUGAAUAUUAUGUAUUUACUUGUAACUUUAAGUAAUACCUUCAAAGUUACAAGUAACGUAAUAUUAAUACUAAGGUAAGGUACUCAAAAUACGCAAUCACAAUAAAAAUGUACGGCCAGAUUAAUUUGGUACAUCUGUAGAAGAAUGUUGUGUGCUAACAAGAAUUGAUAUUUUAUUAUCUUAUUCUAUAUAUUAUACAAGGUUUAUGAAAUACAGAAACAUCACUAGCGCGAUGGCCGGCCCAUCACUAGUACCUCUUAUAUUUAUGAUAAAAUCACAAUUCUUGUACUGAAGUGUGAACGAUGGACGUUUUAUUAUUAAUUCUUACUAUAGUGUGCUAAUGAAUUCGUAUUAAUUUUAUUAUGAUAUUAAAUUGUAAUAUAUUUUAUAGAUGUGCACAUUCCAUUAAUGCGAAACAUGCUUCUCUUAUUGACGCUUUUUAGUGUUUAACAAAGUUAUGUUAAAUUUUAAUAAGUAAUACAACAUUAUUUAAUUAUUGUUGAGGUAGCUGUGCAGUAGUUAAAGCUAGUACUACUCUGCAGACAUCAGCUAAUGCUGCUGAUCUAUCUCGAUAAAGCCACACGUAACUUGUGGCAGUUUUAAGUUCCUUCAUAUAUUAUAUUUUUGACAAUUUUAAUAUAUUUUUUGACUAAUGAAAUUAAACUUUAUUAUAAUUGAGUAUCAGCUCAAAGUUGAAUAACAAAAAUGACUGAUUAAUUGUGACUUGCCAACAUUUUGAUUGUAAUAAUGUUAGACAAACAAGGAAGUGAUAUAGAGAAGCCAUGUUCUGCGUCAAUGGAGCGUAAUUUUAAAUAUUUCAAUAAAGCACUAGGUUUGUUCGCAGUGUCUUAGACUUUCGAUAUAUGCCUUCGAUGGAAUUUUGUAAUUUUGGUAUUCGAUAGUAUUCUAGCUAACGCCUAGCGACGUACUGAGGCUUUUGAUAUUAUGAGGAAUAGCUUUUAUAACGUAACCUUUUGCUUUCUUGAAACAAAAAAAAAAAAUGCUUAAAAAUGUAACUUUAUGUAUAUUUAGUGAAUCUACUGGGGAACUAAGUGUCCAUAACAUUGUGAUACAGACAUCAUAUUUUCCAUUAAAAAUCAACUUCGAUUUUUUUUCGUCUGUUAGUUUCAAUAAGAGAGAUUAUUUGUAUAUGAUUUUAGAUUUUUAAAAUGUAAUAUUCUUUUAAUGUGACGAUUUAUAAAGAAAAAUUAAAUUAAUAUAAAUCAUAAUUUAAUUGUAAUGUUAGUUUUAUUUAUGUUGAUAUAUUACGGUUCAGGAGCAUUUUGAUCCAACGAAAUACCUUGACUAGUAGAGUCGCAGUGCUGUAGUUUGUGACAACUGUAAAAAAUAUUAAUAAAGUACAUAAACAAUA